AUGAAAUUUUUGGAAAAAAUUUUCAAUAAUGAUGAAUUGACAAGACAAGAUUAUGAUUCUUUUAAUAUGUAUUAUAGUAAUUUAAAAUCUUUUAAACAAGAAAUGAAAGUAACAUGUUUCAUGAUUGAUAAAAAAAUUGAGCAAAUUGAUCAAAUGUUUUUUCAACAAAUUCGUUCAUGGGAAUUAUUGACUGAACAGAAUCCAACAGUUCCAUUUAUUGCUGAGGUUUUAAUAAAAAUGAAGUGUAUUUCAAAUAAUGUUCUUUCAUUUGAAGUCAGAAUUAAUGAGAAAAUAAAUGAAAUACUAAAGCAUUUUAGAAAUACAACAAAAUGUUCGGGAGGUUUUGCGAAAUUAGCUACACUUUUAAAUCAAGAUAAUAGUGGUACAGGUCAAAUUAUUAUAUCAGAACAUAAAUUAUUUCAAGGUUUUUCAUUAUCAUUGUUCAAUCAAAAAAUUCGAAGACAUGAUAUAACAACUGUACUAGACAAUUUAAAGGGUGAUGCUAUUGACGGCCAGAAAUUAAAAGACAGAUAUGUUGAAUUCGAAAAUAUUUACCGAAAUUUAAUCAAACAAUAUCUUAAGCCAAAUAUUGAGCUAAGGACACUAACUUCUGAAAUUAAACGAAUUGCUGGAAAUAUCAUACAGAAAACAAAUAAUACUGUAUGGGAAGCAACUAUAAGAAAUAAAGUUCCAAUUUUGAUGGCACAUAUUUUUGCUUUGUGGACAUUGACGAAUGCAGAUCAUUACUUUGAUGCUGUAGAUACAGAAGAUAAACAUAAUUAUCUUCUUCAACCUCAUACAGCUCAAAUCGUUUCAAUAUUUCGUAUGCUCGGAAUUGGUGAUAGAAAUGAAGAAUUGAGCAACAAUUUAGUAGAAAUAGGAACUGGUGAAGGAAAAUCUAUUACUUUAGGUGUUACAGCUUCUAUACUUGCAUUACUCGGUUUUGAUGUAAGUUGUGCAUGUUAUAGUCAAUAUUUAAGUCAAAGAGAUUAUCAAGCAUUUUUACCAUUAUUUGAUUUAUUAGAUUUAUCGAACUAUAUUCAUUAUGGUACUUUUAAUAAACUAUGCGAAGAUACGAUAAAUGAAAAUGGUGAAAUUCGUCAAUUAGUAGAACGAUUAAUUACUGAAGGUUCUAUUAAUAUGAUGAAAAAUAAUCAACAUAUCAAACGUUGUAAAAUUCUAUUAAUUGAUGAAGUAGAUGUUUUUUUUAAUCGGGAAUUCUAUGGAAAUAUUUAUACACCAGCAGCUAGUUUAAGAGAUCCAACAAUAACAUCAUUAGUCUAUUUUAUUUGGAAAGAAAGACAAUCAAAUUUAACGUGGCGUAAAAUAAAGGAUACAGAUGAAUAUAAAAGUUGUUGUAAGAAAUUUUCUAGUUGGGAACCAUUAAUUCUAGAAGCAAUAAAGGAUAUGCUUUCUGAUGUAAAAAGUUUUGAAUCACAUGAUUAUGUUGUUAAUCAAGAUAAAAUUGGAUAUUUUGAGCAAGGUAACAUUGUUUAUAAUAUUGCUUAUGGUUACAAAACAUUAUUUGCAUAUUAUUAUGAACAUGAAAAGGGUAGAAUAAGCAAAGAAAGUGUAGAAAAAAAUACCAAUAUAAAAAUAAAAUGUGGUAGUUUUUCAUAUGCUGAAAUACCACUUGAAUUUAAAUAUAUAAUGGGUGUUACGGGUACAUUAAAAACAUUAAAUGAUUCUGAAAAACGCAUUAUACAAGGUCUGUAUAAAAUUAGGAAAAAUACAUUUAUUCCAUCUGUAUAUGGUGUAAAUAAUCUUAAAUUUAUAGCAAAAGAUGAUAUUAUGAUUGAAAAUAAUCAUGAUUAUUUUAAUACUAUAAAACGAGAAAUUACUGAUAGAUUAGUUGGAAGAUCAUCAGAAAAACGUGCUGUACUGGUUAUAUUUGAAUCUAAACAUAAAUUAAAAGAAUUUUAUGAAUCAGAAGCUUUAGAACCAAUAAAAGAAUUAGUUGGUUGUCUAACAGAAGAAGCAUCAUUAGAAGAAAAAGAGAGUCUAAUUAAACGUGCAACCUCAUCUGGUCAAAUAACUUUACUUCCGAAAAUCUUUGGUAGAGGAUGUGACUUUCUAUGUCAUGAUCAAAAUGUUGCUAGAAAUGGUGGUGUUCAUGUUAUUCAAACAUUUCUUUCUGAAGAAGUAUCCGAAGAAGUACAAAUAAAAGGUAGAACAGCUAGACAAGGUGAUCAAGGAUCUUACAGUAUGGUUCUUCUUUAUAGUGAUUUAGAAAAAUUUUUUAUUGCAGAGAAAGAUAUUGAUUCUGUUAAUAGAGGUACUCAGAACUCAAAUAUGUAUAAGACAGUGUAUGAUCUGCUUAAUAGAAAACGUAUUGAUUUAUUUAAAACACAGUAUGAAACUAAUAUGGAAUAUGUUAAACAAGCAAAAGAUAGACAUAAAAUUGCUCGAAAAUUUUUAUCAGCUCUUCAUUCUGGAGAUAUAGAUUCGGUCAAAGGUUUUUUGAUCGAAGAAAAUAAAGGUAUAGCAGAUACUCUGAACUCACGAACUAUUUGUUUAAUGGAUGCAACGGGUUCAAUGUCUCAUCUGUUACAUAAAUGUAAAAACACAGUAGAUAUUAUGUUUGAACGUGCUUCAGAAAUUCUACAAGAUAAUAAUAUAAAUUCAGAUUCAUUUCAACUUCAGCUUGUUCUCUAUCGAAAUUAUAAUAGUCGAGAAAAUAAAAUCCUUCAAUAUUCACCUUGGGAAACUAAGCCAGAUAAUUUACGUACUUUUAUGAAUACUAUCAAUGUUGAAGGAGGUUGGGGUAACGAGGCUAUUGAAAUUGGUUUCUGGCAUGCUAAUAAAGAACAUGAGAAAGAGAAUAUUACACAAAUUAUUUUGAUAGGAGACGCAUCUCCAAAUACAAAAGACGAUAUAGUUCAGAAAAGAGAGUGCUUUGGAGAAAACUAUUGGCAAACAACAAAAUUUUCACAACCAACCUAUUAUGAAGAUGAGUUAGCAAAAUUGAUAUCGAACAACAUACCGGUACAUGCUUUUUUUGUACAACCUAUGGCAGAAGAAAAGUUUAAUGAGAUCGCUACACGAACAGGAGGACGAUGCAAAAAGUUAGACAUAAAUUCUACUGAUGGCGCAAAAAUGUUGACAGAUUUUGUAACUCUAGAGAUUCUAAGAAAUGUUGGAAGAAAUUCCAAUGGAGAUGCACUUGCUGCAGCAUACGAAAAUAGAUUUGGGAAAGUCUAUGCUUAA